AUUUUGAAACCAACCAACUCAUUACAAUAAGUAAUUUUAUAUUAGAGGAAUGUGGACUUUGGAUCAAUAUUGAACAAGAUAUUUUUUCUUUGUAUAAAUUGGUGCGACAUUUGUUUGUUAAUUUAUUAACAGCUAUAUAUGGACAAAACAGUUUUUGCUAUAAUUCAAUAUUUUGACAAGAUAAAUAUGUAGUCAUUGGUAGAAAAGUUGGGAAAAAAGUUUAACAAUACAUCUUAAAUGAGAAAAGAAAGUAAACUGACAUUUUUGUUGUACCGAGCAAUCAGAAGAAUAGGUUUGAACAAGUAAAUAUACAAGAUGGCUACAAGUGGACUAUUAAAUACGGAUAUUCUUUCUGAUGAGAUAUUUGAUGAAUCUCAAGCGAGGGCACCAGCAAAGCGAUGUGACAGACACAGUCAUAAACCCAUUGAUAUGUACUGUCAGACGCAUGAUAAAGUUGGCUGUUCUACAUGUAUGGCAGAUGAUCACAGAUCAUGCCAAAAUACAUUCUAUAUACCAGAAUUUAUCCGAAACAACAUUUACCAAAGUGUUUCAAGAAAAAUUCAAACAGAACUUAACAAAAUAACAAAGACCCUUGCAGAACAAGCUAGCAAAUUCAAACAGGAUAAACAAAGGCUGCUGGAAAGAAAGGCAGAGUUAUUGGCUGAUAUCAGAAGAUUUCGACAAGAAAUCAAUGACCAACUUGACAAGUUGGAGAAAAAUUCUGUAAAUGAGAUAGAAGAUAAAGUCAAAUGUCUUGAAAGCAAAAUCGACGAUGGUCUUAAACAGAUAGAAGCACUUGAAGCAAGGGUAACUACAGCAAGUAAUAAAAUAGCAUUUCCAAACCCAUAUCAACCUGACGUAUUUGUUAAUAUGAAGAUGGCAGAUGAUGCUGCAAAUGUAGCCAACAAAUAUAUGAAAGAUACAAAAAUAAAGAGUACAGUUGAAGAAUUAGAUUUCAAACAUGACAGAACAAUUCUUACCCAGCUUGAACAAAUUAUUGCUCUUGGGUCACUAACGGAGGAUCCUACAAAAAUGGCAAGUAGUUUAUUUCGGAUAAGAGGAGACAAAUCAUAUUGUGUAAAAGUAAAGUCUGAUACAGAAGACUGUUAUAUCUCCAGUGCCUGCUGUCUUGAAGAUGGCCCAAUAAUUUUAGCAGAUCACAACAACAAAAAGCUCAAACAGAUACGUGGCUACAACUACACUGUAACAGAUUACUAUGACCUACCAGAACGACCAUGGCAAGUGUGCUCAAUCAGUAAAACAGAUGUAGCAUUAACUUUGCCAUUACAAAAUGAGGUUCAUUUUAUUUCUGGGGAAGAGAAAAUGAAAAGAACAAACAAGAUUAAGACUGAUUUUGAAUGUUAUGGUCUUGCAUACACAAACAAUAAUUUAUAUAUUUCGGAUGCAAGCACAUCAGUAUAUGUGUAUACAUUGUCUGGUACGAAACUACAGCAUUUCAGUGAGACCCAAUCAGGACAAAAGCUGUUCUCUAACAUACACAGUAUAGCUGUCAGUAAAGAUGGUACGAGGAUUUAUGUUGCUGACUUUUAUAAUGGACUGAUAGUACUGGACAACAAUGGUCAAGUUAUUACAACAUCAAACGGUAAACAAUUUUGUGGGGCUAAAUGCUGUUAUAUCACUAAAGCAGGAAGUGUGCUGGUAUCUACAUAUGGCUCCAGUGUUUUACAGUUUACACCUGAUGGUGAGCUGAUAGGAGAGGUUAUAAAAGCUGACAGUGAGGGAAGAAGUGAAAGUUUGUCAGUUUGCUGUAAUCAACAAAUGUCUAGGAUGUUUGUUUGCAGCAUUGAUGAUAACAUUGGAGUAUAUGGUAUUUAAUUUCUUCAUUAAAUGAAGUGAAAACAAUAUUCUGUUGAAAUGUAAUUGUAAAACUACUCUGUUUAAAAAUGUACAACAGAUUAUUUAAACAUCAAAUAUGAAGAGAAAGGAAGAGAAAUUCUAAAAAAAGUGACUAUUCCCAUACUUAUAGAUGUGGUGAUGCUAUUUUAAUUCAACAUGAAGAAGCACAAGAGUGAUGUUGUAAAUAUAUAUUUCAUUAAUCAUGUACAUAAUUAUAUUUUAUAUAUCUUAUAAAAAGUAAAACAGUAAUGAUAUUAUACUAAAAUUGACUGUGAUUUCACACUAGCUGGUGUUAACAAGUGAGAAAACAAUGUAUUAUCUGUGAAACAAACAUAACAAGUGUGUUUGUUUGUUGUUGUUGUUUUUUUUUGUUUGUUUUUUUUUUGUAACCAGAUUAAGCUGUACGGAGAUUGAAACAAUUUAUAAGACUUCAUUUGUAGACACAAAAAUGGAUACAUAUAAGUAAAAAAGUACAUUUGCUCUAUCUUUUAUAAAAUCACAAUAUGGAAAAUUAUGUGCAACACUUGUCUUGACAUCACUAAGCAUAUGAUCAAUAUACCAAAUAUUCAAAUUCCAUUGACGUAGAAAUGUCAGACAUAUGUCAAUCACGUAACAAUUUUGAAUAUUUUAUAUUUGGAUAAUUUAUACGUUAAAAGA